AUGAAGGUCUUCCUGUUUGGUAUUCUACUCAUUCUUCAAUUUGUCUUCUUUGGUAAGUUCCACCAACUAUUGGCCUAUGAUUAUUCUGCAAAACCCAGCGCAUGAAAGUAUGAAACGUUUAACGGCACCUUUUCUCCAUGCAUAGAUUCUGCUGCUGGGAAUAGUACUGCAACUUCUGCUGCGGGAUCAUCGGACUCAACUGUGUCUUCUAUUGGCGGCGGCGUCGACAGCUCGGACAGUACCGACGAUGGUUCUAUAACGACAUCCGGUGCUUCGGCCUUCUCGACGGCUUACUUCUACCUCAUCCCACUUCUACUUGCCCUGUCUGCAAAACUUUGUUAA